AUGCCUCUGUAUGCUGAGCAGAUAGCUGGACUCGAACUUCGAGAGCCAGACUCUGAUAUUGCCAGCAUACCGGGAGCGUAUUCCGAGCCCUUCGAGUGGCCCUCUGAGGACGAAUUGCCCGGCUUUCGAAAAACUUACAUCGAAUAUUUCGCCGAGGCACUGAGCUUAUGUCGGUCCUUGAUGCGAAUCUUUGCUUUGGCACUUGACUUGCCAGAAGAGUUCUUCGAUCCAAUGAUGGAGUACCCAGGUGCGACAUCCAGAAUGCUACAUUAUCCUUCACAAUCGGUGGAUGAUACGUCUAAGAUCGGUUUGGGUGCUCAUACGGAUUAUGAGUGCAUCACCAUUCUUUCCCAGGACGAAGUGCCAGCCCUGCAAGUGCGCAACUCUAGCGAAGAGUGGAUCACUGUUCAGCCCCUUCCAAACACACUGGUGGUUAACAUCGCGGAUUGUUUGUCCAUGUGUUCUGCCCAGCUGAGUGUCAGAAGACAACCAGGCAUGUCAAAAGCCUUUCAAAGCGGGAGAGUGGGUGCGCCGUCAAUUGACGGCCUCGUAUGUUGGAUACGGCCAACAGCCGCCGGUUGA